AUUCUUUUCUCUAUAAAUUGAAAUGAAUUGAGACUGAACAAACCCAAUUCAGUAACUAAGAUGGCGCAAGUGAGGAACAAGCAAGUGCUUCUAAGGGACCAUGUCACUGGUUUUCCUAAAGAAUCCGACAUGAACAUUGUUGAAAGUACAAUAACUUUGAAGGUUCCAGAAGGUUCCAAUGAUGUCCUGCUCAAAAAUCUCUACUUGUCUUGUGACCCAUACAUGAGGAAUCUUAUGAACAAGCCUGAAGGCCCUCCCAAUCCUCGUUCUUACACUCCUGGCUCCCCAUUAACAGGAUAUGGUGUGUCUAAAGUUCUGGAAUCUGGACACCCAGAUUAUAAGGAGGGUGAUUUGGUGUGGGGCUUUACCAAAUGGGAAGAGUAUAGCUUGUUACCCUCAGCUCAAAUACUUUUCAAAAUUGAGCACACUGAUGUGCCACUUACCUACUACACUGGAAUUCUUGGUAUGCCCGGAGUGACUGCAUAUGCAGGUCUGUUCGAAGUAGGCUCUCUCCAGAAAGGAGAGAAGGUUUUUGUUUCAGCUGCCUCAGGUGCAGUUGGUCAACUUGUUGGGCAAUUCGCUAAACUGAAUGAUUGCUAUGUAGUUGGAAGUGCUGGAACUAAAGAGAAGGUCGAUCUCCUGAAGAAUAAAUUUGGAUUUGAUGGAGGCUUUAACUACAAGGAAGAGCCUGACCUUGAUGCAGCUUUGAAAAGGCACUUUCCAGAAGGCAUUGAUGUUUACUUUGAGAAUGUUGGGGGCAAGACACUUGAUGCAGUACUCCUGAAUAUGAGACUCCAUGGUCGAAUACCAGCAUGUGGAAUGAUCUCACAGUAUAAUCUUACUCAACAUGAAGGUGUCGCAAAUUUGGCACAUAUCAUAUAUAAGCGAGUUCGUUUGCAAGGCUUUAACUUCAUUGAUUUUAUUUACCUAUAUCCCAAAUUCUUGGAGUUUCUUCUGCCUAAUAUCAGAGAAGGGAAGGUUGUGUAUGUGGAAGACAUAGCUGAGGGUCUUGACAAUGGACCUGCAGCCUUGGUUGGCCUCUUUAGCGGCCGCAAUGUUGGAAAACAAGUGCUUGUUGUUGCACAUGAAUAGAAGCAUUUGUCUUUUCGUGUUCACUGGUAAGUUGUCAGUUUUGGUUGUGUUAUUGUUGAAAACUUGGCUAUCUUUUUAUAUCACCUUUGAUGUAUGAUGUUGCCAGCUGUUCUUCAUUUCCUCAGAGCUGUACCAAUGUAAUAUGCAUUUGUUUCUCUUGAAUAAAAGCAUAAGCCUUUUUCUAUAUGUUGCUAUAUUA